AUUAAUUAAUAAAAAUUUAUCGUGUGAAAACAGAAAGCAAAAUUUAAAAUAAAAAUUGAUAAAAAAUGGAUAAAUCUACAGACUCAAGUAAUACAAGUAGUGGGAAUCACGGUGGCGGUAGUUCCAGUGAUGCGCCAACGCCUCAAGCACAAACUCGUGACAUCAGCCUAGGGUGUGGUCCAUCGGCGGCUGUUGGUAAUAAUGGAUCAGCAGCAUCAGCAACUGCCUCCCCGCAAACAACAGCUCUAACGCCACCCCCUACCAACAACACAAUUACGCCAUCAACCACAUUAGGUGCUGCUAUUCUACCCGUCACUGCAACUUCCACUUCCACAACAACAUUACCGCCAAUUAAUUUAAACAUAAAUACCACAACUGGUGGUAAUUUUAGUGUGACUGUCGAUCCACAAAUUUCCGUGGAAAGUCUCAAAAAAAUAAUAGCAAAAAAAUUAAAAGUGGCUAAGGAUCGCAUAUGUUUGCUUCAUCGCGAAAAAGAACUACAAGAUGGCAUACUUAAAGAUAACAACUUAAUGGAUGGUUCAAAAAUUAUAUUAAUACCAAAUGUAGAGACUGGAUUAUUGGCACAACGUCCGGAGAACACUGUAAUGCAAGCUUUGGAAUCACUUAAUGAUUCACAAGUGAACGAUUUUCUUAGUGGCAAGACACCAUUAAAUCUCAGUAUGCGCCUCGGUGAUCAUAUGAUGCUCAUUCAACUGCAGUUGAGUACUGUCAAUCCUGUGAAUUCCAGUUCAAUUCAUGGUAGCAGUUGUAAUCCAACACGCACGCGUUCAGGUCAACGCAUUAGUCGUAGUACAUCUACAUCAGCGCCGAGCGUUCAUCAUAAUCAUCACAGUCACCAUCAUCACCACCACCACCAUCAUAAUAGCAAUGCAACAACAUCAACGGCAGCUGGCACAAUGCCCUCUUUGGCAACUGCCGCCACAACAUCGGCUGGGUCUACGCAAGUACGUAAAAUGGAUGUAGACGCGAGCGCUGGCGCCGCAUGUCCACGUGCAAUUCCAAGCAGCAUUAAUCGUAUACCUGCAAGUCUGGCUUCAAAUACCACACUAUCAUCCAACAACUCUAAUACAUCCAUUAAAAGUUCUGAUUUAAGUUCAUUUUUGAGCAAGCGUGAUUAUGAGAGCCUACAGAAUAUUGUGAAGAGCAUUGCUAUGGCACAACCGAAUCGUCUAUUACCUGCUGUCACUACAACAGCGAUAAAUUCGCAAAUGCAACAAACUGUAUCUGCACCAACGGCCACAACAGCAGUUGCAGGCUGUGUUAAUAACAUAAACAGUAAUCAAAUAGUGCAUACAAUUAAGCCUAACGCUACGACCGCAACUAAUGGCUUUCAUCAUACCAGUUCCGAGGCUGUUUUACUUGAGCAAUCGCCUAUUAAGUCGCUAUCUAAUCUCGUCUCGAGCCCUAUUAAAACUACAGCAAUUAAAAACAUUCCCAUCUCUAAUGGUAGCAACAGUUCCUCUUCCUCGUCAUCCUCCUCACACGUAACUCCAACACCAGUCAUGACCUCAACUGCAAUAACAUCUGCAGCAGCUGCAUCAGCAGUUGCCGCAUGUCAAGAUCCCAUAGCAGCAAAACUGACGUCAUGUCUAUGUACACGUUUAAAUGGUGGUACAAAUAUUGGUGUCAAGACGUGUAUUGAGUCGUCUUGUGUAGCACGUCAGGAUCUUCCUGAACAUAACUUGAACAUGACACGUACACCUAUAGUUCUGACUAGUACACCAAACUAUAAGUCCAGUGCUACACCAUCAAAUACCGAUAAGCAACUACAUAAAACUACAAAUAAUCCAAUAUCACGUUCCAAACAUCGUCACCAUCACCACCACCAUCAUCAUCAUCAUCAUUACCACCAUCAGAAUAGUAGUUAUGCUGCACCAGCGGUACGUGCUAAGUUACCUCUAUCAACACGUUUUUACUCAGCAGCAACUACAACUUCAAGCAGUAAUGAUAGCGGUUUUGCUUCAGAUGAGUCCAACUUAACUGCCACAACAAGUAAUAGUUCCACUUCGCUGCCGGCAACACCGAUCGCAGCUUCGAGCACUUCCAAUACAACUGCUGUUGAAAUGGACGACUCUGGUAUUACUGUAUCAGAUUCGCGUACUCUUGCAGAAGCAUCACGUAAUCUUACACAAACAUUGCGUAAAUUGUCAAAGGAGGUUUUCACCAAUAAAAUCGAUCUUUCUGCAAGCGAGGAAGCACCACGCAAAAGUGGUUCUGGUGCCGUUAUUGAAUCAAUGAAAAAUCACGGCAAAGGCAUUUAUUCUGGUACAUUUUCUGGUACACUGAACCCAGCUCUGCAAGAUAGAUAUGGGCGUCCAAAACGUGAUAUCUCAACAGUGAUACAUAUUUUGAAUGAUUUGUUAAGCGCUACACCACAAUAUAGCCGUGGCGCUAGAAUUAGUUUCGAAGCACCUACUACUUCCUCAGCCGCUGCUAAUGCUGGGAAUACUAUCAAUAUAGCGAAUAUAGCCAGACAUAAGCAGAUAUCAUCCAAACAUACACACAACUGUUCGAAAUGUGUUAAGUCUCAUGCACACAGUCACAGUACUUGUGCGUAUGGUGAAUGCAACGGACACUACGUCAGCAAAUCGGCUAAACUAAGCUAUCCAUGUUGUCAGGAUAUUUCAAGUAGUUCCAAUAGUGCUGCUAGCAGUUCAAAUGCCGAUACAGCAGGCUCUAACGAACGUAACAUGUGUACCUGCCGCUAUCGCAUCCUUAACGAAGCAACAGGCGAACGUGAACGUGAACAUAUGUGCCAAAAGUGUCUCUAUGAAAUGGAGAAUCUUAAAACCAAAUCAAAAUUGGACCAACUACGUCUUGUAAUGCAACAAAGCAAACAGAAACGUGAAGCACGUAAAUUGAAAGGUGCACCAUAUGGAGCACGAGUAGUUGGUGCCACUACAGCUGGUGUCGCUGACGCUACUGCAGCUGCAGUACAAGUAGCUACAACCGGUGCCACACCGCUUAGCGCUUCUACAACCACACAACUAACCGCAACCCCCAGUGAAGUUUCACCCAACCACAUGGUCGAAGAGGUCGAUACUGCUGCUUAAAUAUAUUUUCCAUGUUAUAAAUUCACUAAAUAUUAUUAAUUUAUUAAUAAUAAAUAAAAAAAUAAA